CACAAAAAUGGUAUUUGUGUAGUUAAAAAAAAAUUGACAUCAAGGGAAGUAGUCGUGAAAGGUGAAAGAUAAACAUUGGUCAGCACUGAAUAUUCAGCUGCAAAACCAGGGUGAUAAGAAUUUUGAUUUGGUUUUGGGUUCAAGCGCACUUUGGCUUCCUCGAUCAUUGGUAUAUUGGUGAGUGGAACAAAGCCUCUGCAUUUGAACAGCUGACACCAGAGUUGGGUCGCCCUUGGAAAAAAAUACGCCAGAAAGAAUAAAAAAGAAAGUGUAAUGGAGCUGAAGAUGGCAGAUAACUCAACUAUGAUUUCAAAUCGCACAAGUCAAUUGAGCUGCGGUCAAGAAAUACUGGAAGGCGAGUCCUAUCACUAUGAUCUAAACAUCUCAAUUAUCGUGAUAAACACACCGUUUGCCAUAUUUGCAGUCCUUAGCAAUCUUUUGGUGAUAAGCACAAUCUGUAAGUCUCAGGAACUUCGAGUCCCUGCCAACAUUCUUCUCUCUAGUUUGGCCGUAACAGAUCUACUAGUUGGCUUGAUUACUCAGCCUCUGUUUGUUACAUGGCGCUUGAUGUUGCACUACCCAUCAACCAUCUGUAACUCCGAAGUUGUUCAUUCUCUGUAUGAAGCUUUCCUUCAUUUGUGCACGGGUGGCUCUUUCCUAUGUCUCGCAUACCUCAGUACCGACCGUUUCCUGGCGGUAUCCAAGCCUUUGCAUUAUCGCGCUAAAGUUACGACAACACAGGCCGCGCGUAAUAUGAUCAUAUUGUGGGUUGUAUGGAUUGGUAUCGUUGUGCUCCGCUACUCGGGUAUUGACGAAGAAACCAAUCAAACCAUUACCUCGGUCAUCGCCGGCACUCUGGUGCUGUAUCUUCUUGCUGCUCAGAUAGCCUUGAUUAUCAGCAUCAAGCGAAACAGUAUUCAUGCCCUGCAUUCAGAGGAAAACACCGCCAAUAUCGCCUAUAAAAGAGAAGCAAGAGUUGCGUUAACCAUUGUUUACAUUUUCUUAGCUCUCCUGGUUUUCCUCCUUCCCGCUGUUGUUGUGCAAAUUGUUCUGGGAUUCACCAGUAGCAAUCAGAGUAAAACUGAAUUGAACUUAGCCAUUUCAGCUCUUCUGAUAAACUCUUCUGCAAACCCACUCAUCUACUUUUGGAGGAGCCGAGACAUGCGAAAAGCAGCACGUAAUCUUUUCCUAGGCCCUGCAACCAACACUGGAGCAGCCGAAAGCAUUGGGUCGUCUGAUAGAAAUAGCGAUGGUAAUAGUGAAAGGUCUCUUGAGGAUGCUGUGUAGAUCAACUGAAAAAUUAUAUAUGUUGAAAAAUAUAGAUGAAGCAACUUUCUGAAAACCAGACCUUUCACUUUGCGAGUGUUGUUAUUUUCAGAGUUAAGGUUCUCCAAUUCACCUUUUGGGCUUUAGAUUUCACGUGUAGUAUCACGUGACUUUUGAUGUAAACAAACCCUGAAAGUUCGGACAUUGAGUUGAGCUCGCAACACAUGUGUCUGAACUUCGGCUUUGGAAAUUUUUCUUAAAUAACUUCCCACUUUCAAGAAGCGUCCCUUCGCUCAAAAUUGACAUCUUUCUUUUGUCAUUUGUCUGACAAUCUACGCACUAAACACCCUGAAAAUACCUGAUCAGAUACAUCACUGUACGCAGAACUAGUUCAAUUAUUCCAUGCCGCAACGCUUCCUGUAACAU